AUGGUUUAUUCAUUCAGUUUGCCAAUACUCCUUUUCACUUGGUACAAAGAUGGAAAAACUGCUCUUCAUUAUUCAGCAGAUAAGAAUGGUAAUGAAAUAGUCGAUGUUCUUAUUUAUAUUGUGCAGGUAUCCGUGAAAAAGAUUAGUAUUGAAUUACGGUUCAUCUUAAGGCCACAUGGACAAAAGAAAAAUAAACAGACGAACUCCUUCUUUCAUAUAGUUCAAAAAUGGGAAAACAAACAUAAAUUUCACUGA